CAGAGCGUCUCGGUGACUAUAAAGCCUCACCAUGACCCACCUAAGCUCCGUGCCUCUAACUGCAGUUAACACGAGAGUCUUGUACGUAGCUUUUCGGGGAGAGAUUCCGAAGUGCGCAGUGUAAAACACCCGCUGACACACGCAAAGUGUUGCACACGCUUAGUUGCAAAUACGACAAUAGUCCGACGAGAGAGUCCGCUUGGCCGAAUCUUCCCCGGAAUAUACGGCAAAAAUUCGCCAUGAAGAUCCUUAUAUUGCUGCUGAGUCUGACGAUGAUGGCGUGCGCGCAGCUCAAUAGGUUUACGACUCCGUAUCCGCAGCCGGCGCAAUAUUACAAUCCCAACUACUACGGCCGGCCUUUCUACGCGAUAUUGCGACAAACUCAAGACUCCUCGCCGGACGGAUCUUACUCCUACAGCUACGACACGGAAAACGGCAUCUCCGUGGCGGAGACAGGACAGCCGAAGAACAUCGGUCCCAAUCAGAUCGAGGUGGUCAGAGGUCAGUACAGUUACACGGCUCCGGACGGGACGCCGAUCCUGGUCACCUACACGGCCGACGAGAAUGGCUUCCUGGCGAGCGGCGCCCACCUGCCGACGCCGCCGCCAAUCCCGGUGGCGAUACAACGCGCCUUGGCGCACAACGCGGCUCACCCCGAAGAGGAGGAGCCCUACAGAAGAUACUAGAAUCGCCCGUGUCUAGGAUUGCUCUACGCUUCGACAUAUCGACGUGAAACGACGUUGCUUAAGUCCUGACUUUCGCAGUCUCCGCCUAUCACCGCGACAUCGUUUAUCACAUACAUGUAUCGCUCGUAUCACAUCAUGGAGAUCGGUAUCAAUUGUCCAAGAGAGAUUCUUUCGAAGCGGAUGGCUUCACCGCGACCUACGACCAUGGAAAUAAUAAACGACAAAGCGAAAAAAGCGUUGUUAUAAAUAUUGCAUACAUUCUCCCUGGCGCGACGAAACAUUUCGAUAAUCGAAUCUUGUCGGUUUCAAAUCGAGCAAGUUGUUGCGAAAUCAAUCGAUGUCUACCUUGUACGCGAGAGCGAGAUGAGUCAGCUCGGUCGGGUGAACGCAAGAGAUGAGCACACAAAUGUGUUUUGCGAGUCUCUCAUCAAAAUUUCAUGAGAAUUUUUAUUCAUUCGUCAUAUGUAUAAUACGUUUCAUCGUUCUAGAAAUUGAAGUUUUUUUUUAGAUUUGGACCGUUUUGAUACAAGGUUAGCAAAUUGCCAAUUAAUUAUUUUUAACGUGCAAUUUGUUUCGCGAAUAGUUUUUGAGAAAUCACGACUGAGGUGUGACGAAAGAGGUCGUAAAAAAAAAAAAAAAAAAAACGAACGAAGACGCUGCAAUUUACGGAUA